AUGGGAAUCACAACUUCCAAAGCAACCAUCGACAUCGAACAACAACCAACGGCAAUUAACAACAAAAAGCCGAAAAAGAAAACCAAGCCAUGCGCACGGGCUACAUCCAGAAAUGAGGAAUUGGACUCAGCUAACAAGAAUGCAAAGUUGCCACUUUCGCCUUGGCUGCAUCAGCGAUUACGGAAGAUAUCCAAUGUAGCAACUGCUGAGCAGCAAUGCCAUAACAAACCACAGCAUUCGAGAUCGUGUGGAAGGAAAAAACAUAAUGUAGCCAGUAUUUCACGAAAGAAAAAUGCAAAGCGCAAAAAGGUUACCAAAAGCAUUAUUGGUAAACCUUCCAAUUUUCAGCAUGUUGGAUACAGUGCCAAAAAUCCACCUUAUCAGCGAUCAUUCCAUAUGAAUGAUCCGAUCAUUUCGUCACAACUACUUGACAUUGCACAACGUCUCGAUGCAACUGCGGCUGAUACUACUCAACCAUUAUCAUUGUCACCUUCGCGUAACAAAAUCCGAUCUAGCCGCCGUAACGAUCCACCACCGUUACCUCCUCCCCAUUGGAGUAGUUUGGCAUUACGCCGAGCCAAGCUUAUGAAAGCAUCAAAUGUUAACAAACAGGUUCUCAAAGAUGUGUCAUAUCCCUUAGCAACAGAGCAACAACAUGCUGGUCGAAGAUCUACUAAACGUCGACAACAACAUGUCAAAGGAAAAAGACACUACCACAACAAUAAGCGUAUUCCACCUGAAGCGUUUGAAAUGCCACCAUCGCUUAAACUAGGACCAGCUCGUUGA